AAUGGAAGCUUAAAUGAUCACCAGAAAAUCCACACUGGAGAGAAACCGCACAUGUGUGAACAGUGUGGGAAGAGUUUUGGCCAAACAAAGACCCUUAAAUUACAUCUGCGUUCCCAUUCUGGAGAAAAACCAUUUAACUGUGAUCAGUGCGGCAAAAAAUUUCUGAGGCGACAGAACCUGAAGAGGCACCUGAAUGUUCAUACAAAGCAGAAAACGUACAUUUGUUUGUGUGGAAAGAGUUUUUCACGAAUGGAUUAUUUAAAACUACACCAGAGAAGUCACAGCGGUGUAAAGGAUCAUAUGUGCUUUGAUUGUGGAAAUACUUAUACAACAGCAGCUGUAUUGAAUCGGCACCAGAGAAUCCACACUGGAGAAAAACCUUACAGCUGUUCACACUGUGACAAAACAUUCAGACAUUCUGGAAAUCUGAAGAAUCAUGAGAGGACCCACACUGGAGAGAAGCCGCACACGUGUGAUCAGUGCGGCAAGAGUUUUGCACUAAAAGGAGCCCUUAAGUCACACAUGAAAAUCCACACUGGAGAGAAACCGCACACAUGUGAUCAGUGCGGGAAGAGUUUCAGACAUACAUACACUCUUAAAAUACAUCUGCGUUCUCACUCUGGAGAAAGGCCGUACAACUGUGAUCAAUGUGGUAAAAGAUUUCCUAGGGCCGAACACCUGAAGGUCCACCUGAAAGUCCAUACAAAGGAGAAGCCUUACACGUGUUCUUCAUGUGGAAAGAGUUUUAGUCAGCUGGGUAAUUUAAGAAUUCACCAGAAAAGACACAGUGGCGUGAAGGAUCACAUGUGCUUUGAAUGUGGGAAGACUUUUACCGCCGCUGCGACAUUGAAAAAGCACCAGAGGUUUCAUACUGGAGAAAAAACACAUGAGAAGGUCCAAAGUGGAGAGAAGCCUUUUACAUGUGAUCAGUGUGGGAACAGUUUCACUCAGUUAGGAUCACUACACCGUCAUACUAAAAACAGCUGUCCGAAAUUAAAAUCGUUCAAGCACAUUUAAAGUGUG